AUGGCACGGCCAACACCCGUCCUAUGGGCCAACAGUCCCAGGUUUCUACCAGUCAUCCCACAGCAUGCUUCUCGCGCACCCCGGCCACCCAUUGUCACUGUUCGCCCUACGUUUAUCCGCGACUAUGACCACAGGAUCCCAACGAGAUGGGCACACUACCGUUCCUUGAUCCGAGCACUCAAGACCGCUCAGCCUCUGCUGUCACCGCCACCACCAUCAACACCACCACCACCACCACCACCACCACCACCGGCUCUCAAGCGACGGAACAACAAGCGACUUGCAUUCCCCUCAGCGCCACUCGAAUUUCCUGUUCCCCUUCCUUCUACGUAUGCUUCCUCGUCGACGUACCCUUACCUCUUGGACGCGGUGCGCGACCGCUGGCGCGCAGGGAGGAAAUGGACCUCCCUCCUCCGUACCAAAGCCUUUCUCCAGGCCGAGGAUUCCCUCCUGAACGACAUCACAUUGGCAUCACCCCGUCUUCGCGAGCUUGAAGCUCAAGCCAAGGACAACGCCACGCGCAAGGCCAAGAAGCUUGCCUUGGCCCAGUCCGAGAAGGAAGCCAUCGCAGCCAUUGCCCCAAAGCCCCGUUGGCGCGGCUCCAUCAUCCGGGCAACCUACUUCAACCCGCCCCUGCCUCGCAUGAAGCCGCAACCUAUCAAGGUCUCGAUGAUGAUUCGCUCGCGCGUGCGUCGCCGCCAGCUCCGCCGUGAGAUGCAACUGCGCCAAGAGGACUGGAUAGGCGACAUGCGCAGUGAGAUUGGGUUCUGGCGCCGGCUCGACAUCGACAACCCGGAGGGGCUCGGUGAGUGGUCAAGCACCCUCUCGCGACCCGACCAGAGCUGGGAGUCUACAAACAGGGAAUACAAGGAGUUGGUUAGCGGCCUGUUCAACGCGGAGAACGAGCGUGCUGAAAUGCUCAUCACCGAGAAGCUGCUCGCCGGCGCACGCCGGGCGCGCGCGAGGAGAAACUCGCACCGCCAGCACUGGAUCGAGCAUGCGCGCGUGUGGGACGCCGAGGAAAAGGCGUUGGCGGAGAGCGACCCAGAGGCGUACGCCGUGAUGCACAAGAGGAGGUACAAGAGUCGCAAGUACAUGAACCGCUUCCUGAGGGAUCCGACGCGGAGGGCCGGGGUCGCCAUCGUGCCGAAUGCCAACGCGGCUCCUGGCCAAGUGCUCCAGCUCCAGCACCAGGACGACAGCUCUCCCACCCAGGGCAGGCGAGGGCGACGCCAAUCAAACGCAGUGGCGGCGACACCUGCGCCAGCGGCUCAAGACAGCCACAACGACACCCCACCGGCACCAGUCAAGCGAGGUCGACCCAGGAAGACGAUACCAGCUGAGACUGAGGCCGUCGUCAAUGCCAAGGACAAAGCCGACAGUCUGCCAUCGCCAGUUAAGCGCGGGCGGCCCAGGAAGACGGCUGUAGUUGAGACCGAGCCGAAGGACGUCAGCAGCGACGGCCCGCCAUCGCCAGUUAAGCGUGGGCGACCCAGGAAGACGGCCGCAUCCGAGACUGGACCGAAGGAGGUCAACAGUGACAGCCCACCAGCAUCCACCAAACCCGACCGUGGUCGUCCUAGAAAGGCAGUAGAGACAACAUCCACCAGCGACAGCACGCCAGUGAGUUGA